AUGGACCGUUUUCGUUGGUGUUCAGAUGAUGUUGAAAAUUACGGGUCAACUAAUCAAGAUAAUUUAAAUGAAGAAACUAUUGUUCUGCAAAAACCCGGUGUACGUUUAUAUGAUGGACCUAAUCGAAGUGCUUUUGAUUGUGGUCUGCUUAAGCUAACCACUCAUCGUAUCAUAUGGUCAGAUCCUUUAGCAUUGACUAGUUCUUUCAUCGCCCUCCCAUUGGCUGCAAUUGUAUCUGUGAAACUUGAAGAAGGCGGUGCCAGUUUGACAGUGAAUCGUACACCGAAAUUAAUGCUACGUUUGUUAACUGUAGCAGCAUUACAAAAUGUUCUGGCUAGUUUACCGAAUCCUCCACAAUGGAUUGAAAAUUGGUGUGAAGAUGUUGUGAAUUCCAAUUCUAGGCAUAAUGAUAAUAAUAUCACAUUUAGUACAACUGCAGUUGUCAAUCAUUCCAAAGAAGAUCAUGUUAAAUUAGGCUUUCCAACGGCUGGACAUCAUGAAUUUCUACAAGCUCUGAAUGAAGUUCUACAGGUCAAACUAUGGACAUUAUCUUAUCAUACUGAUUUGAAAUCUACAACUAAAUUUUAUGGUACAGGAGGUAUUGGAGCAAUUCAACGACAACAAGCUGCACGUGCUGUUGAAACAGAUCGUAAUAUUAUUGAAACAUUUGAAGAUUUAAAUCAAUUGAUGAAUAAUGCCAGUGAAAUGGUGAAAUUAAGUCGUCAAUUAGCUAAGAAAAUUCGUGAUACCAAAGGUAGUGAUUUGUCAGUGAAUGAAAUUGCUGAAUUACGUUCGACUAUGCUAUCUAUGGGAGUUGUUGAAGCUAUCAAUAGUGGUGAUGACUAUAGAGGCGGAUCUUCAUCAGUAUCAUCAACAUCAUUGUCGUCGACAUCAUCAUCAGUUAGUAGUACAACAUUUUAUAUUCAAUUAGCUCAUCAAGUAUCCAAUUUAUUAUAUCCAUUAUUAAAAGGUCAACAAUAUUCAAAUUAUUCAGUGGAUCAUCAUCAAUUGCCAUCUACUGGUUGUAUUGAUUUAGCUACAGCAUAUUGUCGAAUUAAUCGUGCUCGUGGUAUGGAUUUAAUAUCACCGGAAGAUUUACUUAAAGCUUGUCGUUAUUUAGAAAAAGAAAAUUUACCAAUUAAAUUGAAAGCAUAUGGAAAUGGACUUUUAGUUCUCCAGUUGGCAUCAGAAGAUGAAAUGGAAACAUUGAAAUCAACCGCAGAAUUAGUUGAGAAACGUAUCAGUCUGUCAGCUGAUGAACUUGCUCGUACAUUGAAUUUGCCACCAUUUUUAGCUAAAGCCAGACUAUUAGCAGUGGAAGAAAUCGGUCUUAUUUGUCGUGAUGACAGUGAAGCGGGUUUACGUUUCUAUCCGAAUUAUUUUCAAACUCGUCAAGAUUAA